GAGAAGUAAGCGCGAGACGAGAACGACGUAAAGGUAAAAAUGAAAUAUGGGAAUGAAAAGGAAUGAUCAUUCGUUCGAUCAAAUUCGAUGGAAUCAAAGGCAUCCACGAAGUCAAAUGGGAAUAUGCCGUCAUGGGUCUCUCCAGUUUCUCAAAUAUGAACAUUCGGUGAUCGCAUCCAACUAUUUCAGAGUGGUCUUUGCUGCGGAGAACGACUGAGCAUUGACUUAUCUUUUGAGGUUUUCAAAUUUUUUGUGUUAUUUUGAUGAUAUUUUGCUCGGAUUUAUCAGGGGAGGGUUCUUGAAGAGUGGUGGUUUGUUUUGACUUUCUGAGAUUGAGAUUUGGGAAUCGCCAUUAGAACAGAGAGGUGAGGAUGAGAGUUGUGGAUUUUUCGCUUUCUGCUUCUUUUGCUGUUUUGAUUCUUGUUUUGAAUGGCGUGGAGGUCUGUAAUGGCGGCGAAACAAGUCGGUUUGUGAGGAAUGUUGAGAAAACUGUGGAUAUGCCUCUUGACAGUGAUGUUUUUGCUCUGCCUCCUGGUUAUAAUGCUCCUCAGCAGGUUCAUAUCACCCAAGGAGAUCAUGAAGGGAAGGCAGUGAUUGUUUCAUGGGUGACUCCAAAUGAAGCAGGAUCAAAUGAAGUACUGUAUUGGAGUGAGAACAGCAAGCUUAAGAAACAUGCUUUUGGAAAAGUAUAUACUUAUAAGUUCUAUAACUACACUUCUGGCUACAUUCAUCACUGCACCAUUUCAAACUUGAAGUACAACACCAAAUACUUCUAUGAAGUGGGAAUUGGGUACUCUCCGAGAACAUUCUGGUUCGUCACUCCUCCAGAAGUCGGUCCGGAUGUCCCCUAUACGUUUGGUCUCAUCGGGGAUCUUGGCCAGAGUUUUGAUUCGAAUAUAACGUUGACUCAUUAUGAACAAAAUCCACAUAAAGGGAAAACAGUUUUGUUUGUGGGGGAUCUAUCUUAUGCUGAUAACUAUCCAUUUCAUGAUAAUGUAAGAUGGGAUACAUGGGGAAGAUUCACAGAGAGAAGCACUGCAUAUCAGCCUUGGAUAUGGACUGCAGGAAAUCAUGAAAUUGAUUUUGUCCCUGAAAUUGGCGAAACCGAGCCGUUCAAGCCAUAUACGAACCGUUAUCACGUCCCUUAUAAAGCCUCUGAGAGCACAGCUCCGUUUUGGUACUCGAUCAAAAGAGGUCCUUCGUACAUCAUAGUCUUGGCUUCCUAUUCAGCUUAUGGUAAAUACACUCCUCAAUACAAAUGGCUUGAAAUGGAGUUCCCAAAAGUGAACAGAAGCGAAACACCAUGGUUGAUUGUUCUGAUGCAUUCUCCAUGGUACAACAGCUACAACUAUCAUUACAUGGAAGGAGAAACUAUGCGAGUAAUGUACGAGUCAUGGUUCAUAAAAUACAAAGUCGAUGUCGUCUUUGCUGGCCAUGUCCAUGCCUAUGAAAGAUCUGAAAGGAUUUCAAAUAUUGCAUACAACAUAGUGAAUGGCCGUUGUGUUCCUGUGAAAGAUCAAUCUGCACCUGUAUACAUAACAAUAGGUGAUGGAGGAAACCUUGAAGGCCUAGCAACAAAUAUGACGGAGCCACAGCCUUCGUACUCGGUGUAUCGUGAAGCAAGCUUCGGGCAUGCCAUAUUCGAUAUCAAGAACCGAACUCAUGCAUAUUUCAGUUGGAACAGGAACCACGAUGGCUAUGCAGUUGAAGCCGAUUCUCUUUGGUUUUUCAAUCGACACUGGUACCCGGUGGACGAGUUGUCGUCGAGUGUGCAGAAAUGAAAAUUAUUUGCAAGGAAAAAUGAGAAAACAACCAUUUUUAAUAGCUUUACCAGCAAAUAAUACUCAUAUCAGAUGAGUUCAAUGUGAAAAACUUUGAUUUCAUUAGUGUGUGAUAAGCCUAUGGCCUUGCUGCAACUGAACUGCUAUCAGAACAAUUAACAAGAAGGGAGCUUAUUCUGGCA